AACUCGCUCGCGACCUGGAAGACGCAAGCUUCGGGCAUAUCGAUAGCAGAUUGUUACUGGACGUUAAUUGACUACUCAGACCCACAACAGUCCAAGGUCCCAGUGCUGGUUUUCGCGCCAGCCUGCAUUUUUAUUGUUAACAAGACCAGUCUACCAACCGAUUAAAAUAGUAAUUCGUCGUGGACUUCCCCACUGGGUGUGCCCUUUGGAACAAGCGAUAGGGCUCGGAGCUCGAACGUGUGCACAACGGGCAGAGCAUAUUGCCCGCCGCAGCUUUUCCACCCGUUGGCAGUCCGUCAGCGUUUAUCAGAAAGCUCUGGCGACGUGGUGCGACAGCGGAGGCAGCCCAGCGCGGCGCUGGGACAAACACAGUCCAACGUCGGGCGGUCAGCGCAGCACACCAGGACUGCGCCCGCCACGCGUGGCGGGCCCCGGGCGGCGCCGGGGCCUGAGCUCGACACUUCAGCAGCGGUAGCACGGCAGGGCGGGCCUGAUGGCAACGCCGGAGCAGGAGGGCGCUGCUGGGGAGGAGCUAUUCCCGCACCAGCGCUCCCGACUGCAGGCGCUAGUGUCGCACUUCGGCUUCAGCCCGCACCUGCAGCGGCCGGGGAAGGAGCCGCUAUUCAUCCAGAAGCUGUCGCCCGAUGACCUGGAGGACGUGGGCAGUGGCACGCUGGCCUGGCCCUGCAGCCGCCCCGACCUGGAGCCGCACCUGCAGCGGGCCACGUGCCGCAGCAAGGCGGGCUGCUUCUGCCUGGGCGUGCAGGUGCUGGCGCUCGGCGGCGGCGGCCACAGCGGCGGCGUGCGCAGCCUGGGCGAUGUGGACCUGUGGUACAUGGACUCGGCGGAGGCGGAGGACGAGGGCAUGUUCAUCGUGAACCGGCUGCUGACGCAGCUGCGGCCGCAGCUCCGGCUGCGUGACACGCUGGCGCUGUUCCCCACCACAGCCAAGAACAGAUUCCAGCUCGCCAUCUUCCCGGACGUGUGUGGCGAGUGCCUGGCGCCCAUCAGCGAAGACGCCACUGACGCUGUGCUGUGCGAGUGCUGCGAGGACAUUGUGGACCUCGAUUGCUCGGGGCUGACGGAGCUGCCAGAAGGUGACGCGGUCUGGUUUUGUCGGCACUGCAAGGCGCGGGAAUCGGGGUUGGCAGCCGAGCCGCUGCCACCGCGUGUACAAGCGCUGCUGGCGGCUCCCGCCAUCACCACCGCGCCGGAGCUCGCGCCAGCGGCGCCUGCGCUGGCGCGGCCAGCAUCAGCACCACCGCCACCACCGCCGCCGCAGUGUGAGGCACCAGCACCAGCGCUGCCACCGCCACCACCACCGGCGCAACCGCAGGCGCAACUUCCACACCCGCACCAGCACCAACACCACCAGCACCCGCACCAACACCAACAUCAACAGCACCAACAGCACCAGCACCAUCAACAGCACCAACAGCACCAACACCAUGGACAUGGACAUGGACAGGCUGGCGACGCUGCAGGUGGCGAUGACGGGCUCACAGUGGAGGUCAUGAUUGAGGAACCCGAGCCGCCGCCGCCACCGCCACCGCCGCUUCCGCCACGGCCGCCGCCCGCUCCACCACGGCCGCAUCUGGCACAGCCAGUUUCGGCCGUAGCUGCUGCAGCCACGGGGGCGCCGCCGCCGCUGCGUGCUGCGUCGAUGGAGGCAGAUCGCGGUGUGGUGGGACAGAUGAUCCCCAUGCAUGAGCUGCACCCGCCGCCGCGGCCGCCGCCGGGCCCGCGGCUGCUACACAAGCCUCCUGCUUAUGCGCACGCUGGCGGCGGCGCAGGCGGCGCAGGCGCGGAGAGCGACGGCGGCGGCGACGACACGGAGACGGAGGGUCUGUACGGCAGCGGCCAGGGGCGCGGGCAGGGGCACGUGGCCCAGCGGCAUCGUUACGGUCAUGGGCAGGAGCAGGGGCAGGUGCAGGUGGCCCUUCCCCACUCGAGCACGGGGCAUGCUCAGCACGCGCUAGGGAACGGCCACCAUGUGCACCAACAGCAUCAACAGCACCAACCGCAUCAGGGGGUGCAGGGGGUGCAGCAUUACACCGACGCCCAGCCCGGCUAUGCGGCGCACCCGCACCCGCACCAGCAACAGCACCAGCAGCACCCGCAUCAGCAGGCGCGCCAGCAGCAACGGUACUACACCGGCGGCCCGGGCGCGGAGGAGGGCGGCGAUGGCGAGGAGGAGGAGUAUGGGGACGACGAAGAGGAGGAGGGCGAGGAGGGCGAGGAGGAGGAAGAGGGGGACGAGGAGGAGGGCGAGGAGGGCGCCGCCGACCACACGGGGGGCGGCAGCUAUUCGGAAGAUUCGGACUCGCUCGAAUACGAGGACAACGUAAGUGAUGAGGACUAUAACACGGACGACAUCGACGACGAUGACGAGCGGCCUUCGCGCGGCCGCGGGCGCGGCCGCGGUCGGGGCCGUGGGCGCGGGCGUGGGCGCGGCCGAGGCCGGGGGCGCGGCCGCAGCAGCAGCGCCACCACCGCCGCAACCAGUCUGCGUGGGCGCGGCCGGGGCCGGGGGCGCGGCCGGGGCCGAGGCCGAGGCCGCUCCUCCGCGGCCGUGGACACUUCUGACGAUGACGAUGGUGACGGUACUGGGUCGGGUUACGAGCAGGAAGUGGAUCCCUCCUACUCGCCGGCAUCUGCGUACGGCUCUGGAGCGUGGGGCAGCGGCCGGGGCCGGGGCCGCGGUCGCGGCCGCGGCCGAGGUCGCGGCCGGGGUCGGGGGCGCGGGCGCGGGCGGGGCAGCCGCGGCGGCGCCGCUCUGGGCUCGUCCACCAUCACGCGCUUUGCCAAUACGAUGUCGCCGGCGGCGCGUCAGAGUUGGGAGGAGAAGUUCGGCAACCGCACCAUCGCCGCGGUGCCGUCGCAGGGCGCUCAACACCUCAUGAAUAGCGCUAUGAGCCCAGCCGCCAUAGCCGCAGCCGCAGCCGCGGCGGCGCGCGCGGCGGAGGCGGAGAAGGCCGCCCGGCUGGCCGCGGCAGGGCAGCAGCAGCAGCAGAAGCUGCCACCGGGGCGGCUGCGCUACAGUCUCGUGCAGCAGGAGCUGCAGCGGCAGCAGCAGCAGCAACAACAACAGCAGCAGCUGCAACAACAGCAGCAGCAACACCAACACCAACAGCACCACAGCUACCCAGCGAAGGGCCUGGCGAGCGGGCCUGAGGCGAGCGGCAGCGGGGACGGGGAAGGGGAGGAGGAGCAGGAGGGCGCGGGCGAGGACGAGCAAGAGGAGGACGACGACAAGUCGACCGAGUCUGCGGAUCCCGCGCGUGCGCAGCCGCAUUCGCAGCCCUCAGCGCGGGCGUAUGCGCUUCCGCACCCGCACUCGCAUACACUGCCGUCGCCGCAGCCCGCUACACAGGCGGUGGUGCUGCCCGCUACACAGCCUCAGCCGCACGCGUACUCGGAAGGGCCCAGCGCACACAGGCCUAGUGCCUCAGCCGGAGCCGGCGCAGCCGUGCCCGCCGGCGCGCCCGCCGCCUCCACAUCCGCCUCAAGGGAGGAGAUGGUGGCUGCCAGGGGCGGCCCCGAUACGCCGGAUCUGGACGCCACAACCGAAGGCGAACCGCUAUUGCUGCAUCAGAACCCGCCGCCACAGCCAGCUUCGGCGGCUGUGGCUGCGGCUCCGGGUGCGGCUGCCCCGGUGGCGGCUGCGGCGCCGCGGCUUAGCGGCUCCCCUCUGUCGACGCAGUCGCAGGAGCCGGCACUGCAGCGGCCGCACCCGGCGGCACCGGAGCUGUCGAGCGAGCGGCACCAGCAGCACCAGCACGAGCAGCAGGGGCAGCAGCAAGCGCAGCCGUUGCGGCAACCUGUGGAGGGGACGGAGGAGGCGGCGGGGGCGGCUUCUAUGCAGCGUGGGGCGCCGCUUCAUGCCGGCACCGCUAGCGCGUGCAACAGUCUGGAUCAUGGUGAUGGCCUUGGCGGCAGCAGCGACGGCGCCGCGGGGCGGGCGCUGGCAGUGACAUGCGCAGGGCAUGAACCCUUGCCAGAGGCAGAGGCGGAAGCGGCGGAGGGCGACAAUCAAGCGGGCGAGGAGGAGGAGGGGACGGCGGAGGCGCCUGUGCCUUAUCCUGCAGCGGCAGCGGCGGCGGCCGCCCAGUCGGCACCGGCAACCGCUCCGGCAUCGGCAGCGGCGCCGGCUGCGGCGGUGCAUCAGCAGCACUCGGCCUCGCAGCAUGUAGUUAGUGUCGUGCACGCGGGGCUCCAUGCCAGCAGCGGCAGCGACGGCAGCCGGGCUGAGCACCGGCAUGCGGAGGCAGAGUCGGCGGUGGGCGACACCAGCGCACACGCGGGCGGGGCACCAGCCGAGGCUGAGGCUGAGGCGGGCGCCUUGGAGGCGCAGACCCUGGAGGCGGGGGCCCUGGCGGCGGGGGCGGCGGUGCACGGCUUGGAUCACGCAGCAGCGCCUGCCCGGGAAGCGGUGGAGUGGGAGGCGGGGGCGGUGGGUGAGCUGGGGACGGGCGCUGCGGCGGCGCAUGCGCAGGAGCAGGAGCAGGCGCUGGAGAUGCAGGCACAGGCACCGGAGCAGGCGCAGGCGAAGGAGCGGCCGCAGGAGCAGACGUCGCCGCAGUCCGAGGAGCACGAGGAAGGGGAGCUUGACGAUGAUGCGGAGGUGGAGGCCGAGGCGGCAAGGCCAGCGGGCGAGGGCGCAGCAGCAUCAGGCGCUGUUGCUGCCGCUGCAGCACCAGCCAUGUCGCAGCCAGUGCCCGGAGGCGAAGCGGCGCAGUCUUCUCAGCCGCUGCCGCAACAAGGACAGCAGCAGCAGCAGGAGCAGCAGGCAGAGCUACUGCCGCCACAGCAAGAGCAGGGACAGCAGGCGGAGCAGCUGACGCAGCCGGCGGAGCAGGGGCAGCAGGCGGAGCAGCCGUCGCCGCAGCUGCCUCCGGUGGCGCACGCACACCAGCCGCAAGCACCGCCUCCGCAGCCGCAAUUGCAACCGUCUCAACCAGAAGAGCCUCCGCCGCCGCAGCAUCAGCCGCACCAGCACCAGCUGCCAGGCGGGUCGGCCCGGCCUUCACAGGAUGACGCUGCGUUGGCGGCGUCUGAGCGCACCACCUCGCCGGCUGUGUCCGCCCACCACCAACAAGCAUUCGCAGUCGCAGACGCAGACGCAGGUGCAGGCGCAGGCGAGCCCACGGCGCAGACGCAGCCAGCUCCAGACGUGCUCCAGGCAGGGCCUGCACAGGCAGGUAUGCAACUGGCGGCGACGUCCGGCGAAGAGCCGGCUGCAACGCAGGCAGCCGCCGAUGCCACGCCACCGGAGGCUCGGAACGAGGCGGGCGCCGGGCCGCAGCCGGUCGUUGGCGGCGGCUCCGCUGCAUCGUCGCCGGAAGUGACUGCUGCCGCCUCGCAGGCGCCUGUGGAGGUCGAUGCAGAGCCGCAGGUGGGCACAGGGGCGGAGUCCUCGAUGUCAGGAGCGCAGGCGCAGGCAGGGCCGCCGACGGCGGCGGCGGCGGAGGCGGGGGCAGGGGCAGGGCCGGAGGCGGGCUGCAGCUCACUGCUCGGGGCUGUGCAUGCCGCGUUAGACGGCAGCCCGGCGUCGCCUGGUUUCACCGCCGCGGCGGCACUGCCGCUGCUGCCGCCGCCGCCGUCGCCGCUGCGGCCGCCACCGUCGCCGCCGCCGCCAGGGCUGCAAGCUGCCUUGGCAGCGGCGAUGGGCAUCUCCCAGCCGCGCCACGGGACUAGCCGCAGCAUGCAUGCUGUGGCGGCGCCGGCUCUGGGCCCGCCGGCGGAUGGAACUGCAGCCGCCGCGGCGCCAGUGCCCGAGGCCCCGCCAGCGGUCGUGCCACCUGUCGUGGGGGCUUUACCGACAGGGCUGCAGGCGCUGACGCACGCCCCGCCUGCGGUGACGCCGCCGCCGCCGCCGCCGCCACUGGAACCUCAGCAGCCGCAGCAGCCGGCGGCAGUCCUGCAGCAAGUGCCGCAGCAGGUGCCGCAGGAGCCGCUGCCGCAGGCUCAGGAGGCGCAGCCGCAGGACCAUCAGCCGCAGGAGAUACAGUCCCAGGGGACGCAGCCUCACCAGGCGCUUGCUCAGGAGGCGCAGCCGCAGCCUCGGCCACGUUCGCGCUUCAUGGACAUGCUCAUCAGUGACGUGUUUAGCGACGACGGCAGCGAAGGCGCCGGCGGCGCGCGGCUGGCGGCGGUGGCGGCACCGUCGCCAGCAGCAGGUGCAGCGGUAGCAGCGGACGUGGCGCCACACCUGCUGUCUCCGACAGCGUUGGCGGCGGCGGCGGCCGCAGCGGAACUAGACCCACUCAUAGCGGCUCUGCCGGAGAUUGACCUGGCCGUGAUCGAGGACCCGGCCGCCGCGGCCGUGGCUGCCGCGGCCGCGGCGGCGGCGGCGUCCCCGGAGGCGGCGGCGGUCGUGGCGGCGGCGGCUGCCGCCGCCGCCGCGGCGGCGGUGGGCGUAGAUGCCGCGCAGCUCGGCAGCUGGCUGGCGGCACCGGAAGGCCAGCCGCACGGUCUGGGCAUUGGCGGGCAGGAGCUGCAGGGCGCCGCCGCCGACGUCGACGCGAAUGCGCCGCCGCCACUGGGCCUGCAGGCCGCCGUCGCCGCGGCAGCGGCAUCGGCGGCGCAGCCGCCGCUUCCGCUUCCGCCGGCGCCCGUGCCGGCGCCCGGCGAGCCGGGCGGGGGCCUGUGCGAGCUUGCACUGUCGCUGCUGUACCAGCUCAGAAAGGACCCGCGGCUGCCGCCGCCGCAGACGGCGCAGGAGCUGGCGGUGGAGCUGGCGGCGGCGGCAGCGGUGGCGCACCCGAUGUUCGCGGUGCCGCCGCAGUACCCGCUGGAGAUGAUGUUCGCGCAGGCCCGCUACGCCGACAUGCAGCCGGACGGCCCCGGCGGCGCAGACGGCGUGCCGCCCAAGAAGCGCGAGAGCAGGAAGCGCAAGCGCAUGCGGGAGGAGGCGGACCAGGCGGCGGCGGUAGCGGCUGCAGCCGGCCUGGCGGCCGCUACUGGCGGCGACGUCUUUGGCGCGGGCCAGGACGCCGUGGCGGCCGCAGCCGCCGCGACCACCGUGGCGGGCAUCGCGGCCUUUGUCACCGCCGGCGGCGCCAUGGACACGGCCGCCUUGGCGGCCGCGGCAGCGGCGGCGGCGGCCGCCGCCGCGACGCCGGCGGCCAACGGCCGCUCGCGUCGCGACCCGCGCGGCGCCGCGCGCAGCGGCGGUGGCGCCGCCCACCCCGACGGCGCCCCGGCGCGGCACCGCAUGAACCUGGGCUCCAAAAGCCGGCCGUCGCGCGGCCGCGCCGCCGCCGCCGCCGUGAUGGACAGCGAUGAGUCCACGGAGCGCAGCAGCGUCAGCAUGACCAGCGACAGCGGCAGCGACGACGACGUCAUGCCGGUGCCGCGGCGGCAGCGCCUGGCCGCUGCCGCCGCCAGCGCGCGGCCGACGGCUGCAGGCGACGCGACGCUGCCGCUGGAGGGGCUGGACGCCGUGUUCGGGCAGCCGCCGCCGGAGGCGGCAGCGGCGGCGGCGCCGGCGCCGGCGCCGGCGCGGCGGCAGCCGCCGCGGCGGGCGGCGGUCAAGGCCGUGCAGCUGUUCGCAGGUGGCAUGGCGGCUGACAGGAGCGACGUUAGCACUUCCACGCAGUCGAGCAGCAGCGACGAAGGGGGCAGCGGCAGCGGCAGUGGUGACGAUCGCGGCAGCGGUGGCGACGGCGGCGACGAUGGCAACAGCGGCAGCGGCGGUGGCCGCACACGCGCGCAGCAGCAGCGGCGCCGACGCGCUGUCCGCGCCGGCUUUCGUGGCAACGUUCGCGGCAAUGUGCGUGGCAGCGUCCGCGGCAAAGUUCGCGGCGGCGGCAACGGCGAUGAUGCGGAUGACGAGGGCGACAACGAGCGGACAGACACGGAGGCAGGAGGCGACGGCAGCGGCAGCAGCGGCAGCGAGGAGGAGGAGGAGGUGGACGCAACAGCGGCGGAUCAGGGUACCGCGGCGGCGCCUGUGCAGGCACCGGCACCGGAUAGCGUUGCGCCUGCCGCGCCGGACGUUGCCAGGGCGGCUGGCGUUGCCGCGGCCAUUACCAGCGGCACGGGGGCACGUGCGGCCGCCCAGGCACCAGUGGUGGCGGCGGGCGCCGCGGGGGAGCUGGCGCCGGGCCUUGCGGACGCGCACCCGCCCAUGUCUGACAUGGAGAUCGCGGCGCUGCUGCCGCACCUCGCAGACAUGGAGGACUUGGCCGGCGCGGCCGCGCCCCUGGCGGCGGAGCCAGCGGCGGAAACGGGCCUGCAACUAGCCGGACAGGCUGAGAUGGGCGCGGGAGGCGCUGACGAGGCGGACGAUGGCGGGCUGCCGCUGCUGCCGCCGUCGCCCGCGCCCACCUGGUCGCUCAACCCGCACGCCGACGACUCGGGGCUGCUGCUGGGCAGCCAUGGCGCUGCUGCAGGUGCUGCUGACGUGGACGCUGGCGAGGUAGCCAGCCCCGACGCCGAGGCGGCGGAAGUGGCAACCGCGGCGGCGGCAGUGCCCUUGGCCGCGGCGCCUGUGGCGACAGCGGCGGGGGCCAGGCCCCAGCCGCACGCUUCGCAGCAGCAGGCGGCGCAACAGCGGACCCAGUCGCGCGCGCCUCUGGGCCCACCGCCGCAGGCCUCGCAGCGCAGCCUCAGUCACGCGGCCACGGCUGCCGCUGGCCGCAGCGGUGGAGCGGCGGCGGGCGAGGUGGAGCAGCCGGCGCCGGCGCUGGCACAGUGCAGUGGCGGUGGCAGUGGUGGCGUAGCCCCUGUCGCGGCCACCCGGCAACAGAAGCGGUCCCGGGCAGCAACGGAUGCAAGCAACACAAGCGCGGCCGCUGUGGAUACAGGCGCCGCGGCAGCUGCCGGGAACGUCGAUGCUUUAGGCGCCCAUGCUAUCAGCAAGCGGCCGCGGCGCGCUGCGGCUGCUGCAGCAGCAGCAGCAGCAGCGCCACCACUACCACCGCAGCCGCUGCCCGCCUCUCAGAGGAAACGCCGGGCACCUACAGCGCCGUCAGGAGAAAUGGAUGCGCCGCCAGUUGACGCUCGCGCGACGCGGCAGCCCGGCUCUCUCGUCGUGGCAGCGGCUCGUGGCGGCGCCGGGGAUGCAGCCGUCAUCGGCGGACGCGACGGCGCAGCGACAAGCCCCGGCUCGGGCUCGGUCCAGAUGCGCGGCCGCGCUGCGGCCGGCGCGGUGCCCGCGGCUGCGCACCUGCCUGCACCGCUACCGCAGCAGGCGCCGCAGCAAGCGCAGGUCGGGCGGCAGCAGGCAGGCCUUCACCGGGCGCUGCCGCAGGCUGCCGCACCGCAGCGCACCCCGCAGCCGACGCCCCAGCAGCCGCAGCCGCAGCCGCAGCCACAACAGGAUCAGCAACAACAACAGCCGCGCGCGCCUGCAGCCCGCCGCACGCUGCCGCCGAUCGCGCCGGCGGCAGCCGGCCGCGCCUCCGCCACCCAGCCUGCCGCCGCUGCCUCGCCCGCGCCCGCGCCCGCUGGAGCUGCACACGGGCAGCUGCACGGCCUGGUCGACUUUGAGGCCUGGCUCGCCUCGGCGCGCGGCGAAGCCGCUGCCCGGCUGGCCGUCGCGGUCGGGGUCGCGGGCAGCACCUACCGCGCCCAGUCCAACGGCCUGCUGUUCCGCCUGGCCCACCAGGACGGCGGCGACCUGGCGGCGGCGGAUCGCGCGGCGGCGGCGCAGCUCAAACGCGUCAUCCAGCUGUCGAACGAGGUGGCGCGCUCGGCGGCGCAGCGCGCGGCCGAGGGGCAGCAGGUGGCGUUGAGCAGCCACGACCGCGAGGCGCACGCGGCGGCGCGCGCGAACCUGGCGCAGGCGGAACUGGCGAUACGCACGGGCUGCAGGGAGGCGCAGCUGCGGGCCUUCGUGGCCAUGUCGGCGCAGCGGCAGCGCGCGCUGGUGCCGCUGCAGCUGGCGAGGAUGCCGAGCGACGAGCAGCGGCGCCAGACGGAGCUCCUGACGCGAGCGCUGGAGGAGCACCGGGCGGGCCUCUUCCCGUCCCAGCCGCGGCCUGGCGUUUAAGAGGCAGCAGCCAAUCUAAGUUGACGUGCAGCGGCCGUGGCCGCCGGAGCAGCAACGGCAGGGGAAGCGGGAAUGGGAGUGGGCGUGGGAGCAAGAGCAGUGCGGGGGCGGCGGAUGCGGAAAAGUGAGCGGCGGCAGCUGGCCCGGCAUUGCCGCCGCCAGGCAGCAGGCGCAAAGUGCGCAAAGGCCUCGUAUGUGUAUGGAGCGCGAGGCGCGUUACCAAGGGCACUGACGCUGGGGCUCUACGGUGCCUGUUCGCAUAUACUUGGUACAGGCACGGCCGCACGCGGCUAGUGCACCCAAAGAGGAACGUUGGGGAUGGACCGGUCAAGUGAAGGGGCGCAGAGGAGGGGGGGCUAAAACUGUUUGGUUUGUGUAUCCAGUCACGCGUUAUUAGUGGCUGGCCGCGCGAAACGCUUGGAUUAUGCGCAUGUUACUGCAAGUACGCAUGUGUUGACAGUUAUGAUGCUUAAGCGGUGCGCGAACAUUCUUUGCAUUAGGCCCGUGUUUGCGGACGCGCGACUCGCGCGCGAGGCCGCCAACCGUCGAGAACGUGCCAGGGGUUCGAGUGGUCUGCGUGCGUGGUGCAGGCCGGGCUCAAUUCUAAGGCGUGAUGAGGAAUGAACGUAUGUGGUGUUGUUUCAUGGAGUAUCUAAGAGCUGGUUGAGCCCCGGUCAAGGCCUUGGCUUCUUGAUGAAGGCCGCGACAUGUCAACGGUUCGAUCGGCCAUGCGCAAAUUAACGCUCAUCACGAUGUCUUGUAAUCACACUGGAUG